UUAGGCCAUUGACAGUCACCUCCAUAUUUGCAGCAUUGCACAUCUGCAGCUUCGCAUAAUCCCGAUACAGUGCCUUGUUGCUUUCUGUGACCAACUUGCAGGCAGUGAUUUGACGUCUGUAAGAAAUUCAAUGGCUCUGAGCACUUCCACACCGCUGGCUUGUCCUUCCUCCAGCACAGGCAUUGGCGCCCUUACUCCGCUCAAAGAUUGCCAGCUUAUCAUUUCCGGGCAAUCAGUCUCUGCCAUCCACCGGCCUUUUAGCAAGGCAACCUAUCAACACCGUCAGCAUCAUGCCUGCAAUUCAUGUCUUACGGGAGCCUGUGGGAUCAAGUCACGCCAACCCCUGUAUGGAUCACCAGCGCUCGAACUUGCCUCCUGUCACUUUCAGCAGAACAGCCACUUUUUGGGCAAAGUGAAUCAAGAGCGGGCUUACGUGCAUUACAGAAAGGGGCAUGGGAGGCGCCGCGGAAUGGCCCGCAGUGCACUUGGCUUUACAUCAGAGCCACGAGUGGAGGUGGAGCGUGCAGCGGGCAACCUUCUGAAGGACGCUGCAUCAGUCCUGGUGUAUCAGUCCGUUCUGACAGGGGCCCCGGCACAGGCUCUGCUGAAGCUGCUGCUUGCGCUGCGCCGCUCUGAUGACCAAGUCCGCAUCCUCGAGUCCUACGGCCAGUUCUUCCAGAGCCUUGCAAAAGGGGGCCACGCCAGCUGGGAAGAAUAUGUCCUUGAUCGCAUCCUGGCGGGCGAAGACAACCCGUUUGCCACUGCCGCUGCAAAGGGGCAGGCCGUCAGCCAGACGUUAUUGGCUGCGGCGGCGGCCGAUUUGGAUGUGUUACAGGGGCUCGCUAUCAUGGAGCACUCUUUGGUCUCCUGGGUCGGCGACGUCGUCAGUCUGCGGCCUGAGUGGAAGUUCGCCACUGCGGGCACCACGAAGACUGCGAAGAUGGACCCAAGGCCGCCUCCGGAGAGUCGUUUGAGACUUGGUUUCGACUAUGGCGCGGAACCUGAUCGUGAAAAGAAACUAGAGCGGGAAGGGAAGGUCGAGAAUGAAGGUCGGGGACCAGGGUUCGAGGAGUUCGGAUUUGGCGGCGCGAGCGAGAGCCAUAGUACGGAAAGAAAGCAGGAAAGAGGCUUUGGGGGUUUCGGUUUUGGAACCGGCCAAGAAGACGAGGGGGUAAAGAGUUUUGGAUUCGGAGGGGGACCGGAAUCCAGCAAGAGAGAUAGAAACGGAAGUGAGGACAGGAACGGGAAGGAUAAUACUGGGGGUAUAAUCGGCCUCGUUCCGGGGGGAGGAGAGAAUCCCGCCAGAGACAGCGUUGCGACGAACGCGGAGUGGCGCGCCAAGAUUAGCGGGCUGUGGAAGUGGUCCGAGGCGGUGCCGCUCCUCGAGAGCUACUACCGCAAGUUCGGCACAGGGGCCGUAGCGGCGAAUCUGAGUCUGAAGUGGCAAGGCGGAAAGCUCGUGAGCUGUGCUCCUCCAAAGGAGAUCGGAACUGUGCUUAGCAUCCAAAGGGACGCCUUCGAAGCGAUGACGAGCAACCUGGAACUGCACGCCGAGGGGCAGCCGGCGCACCACACUUUACUGUACGGCCGCUCCGGCCUGGGCAAGUCAUGGGUCCUCACGCACGCCGCCGCGGUCGCCGCAAAACGCUCCGGGCUUCGGACGGUCAAAGUCUCCCGACAGGAGGCGAAGACUUUGGACAAGCUUUUGGACGAGGUCCGACUGCACCCAAACGUUCGGUUCGCGGUUCUGCUGGACGACCUGACGUUCAAAGCGGGGGACGAGGCGGGGGCGGCUUUUAAGCAGUUGCUCGAGGGGAGUUUCGAGGAAUGGCCGUCAAAUGCGAUCAUCUGCGCGUCGAGCCCUACUCGGGAGCUGUCCCGGGGGCCUCCCUCCGAGCCGGCGUACCGAGAGGGGGGCGCGAUUGGGCAGCACUUCGGACUCGCUCUCGAGUUGCCGGAGUUUAGCCAGGAGACUUGUAGAGCUGCAUUGAAUGAGUUGGCGGGCCGGCAGCGAGUUGACGACAUCGAAUUUGAAAGUCUACCAGCGAAACCCAGCAUACUAAGUCUGAUCCAUCUUCUGAGGACAGAAAGCAAGCUUUGA